CUAAUAACAGCUGAAGAAUGGGACCGUCGGACGAGACGGCACCCUCCCCGCUGUGUUCGUAGCAUCUGCAAGUUGCGACGUGACACGCUUGCGCUGAUCCCAGUAGCAGUACAUGUUUGCCCCCCAGCCAAGUGCAACAGCACGGCGCGCUGCACAGCAGACCUCUCGGAUGCCAAGAUUGCUUACCCGAACACGCGGAACAGGCGUCACGUGCCCGGUGACUGUCGGCAGCGUACCAAAGCUGCAGACACUUGGCGCAGUCACGGCACGGAGACUGUAGCUCAAUGCUUGCGGGCGGAUAAUCUUGUAGCAGCGGGAGCAAAGGAGCGUCGGCUGUACGCUUCGGCCGACCGCGGGCCCGCUACAGAUUUUCGCCGCACUGCAGACGAGAACCUUCCCCCACUGCUGUCCGUGGGAAGCUUUAUGUUUCACGUAAACUCGUCGCACAGUGCCUACAGCUGCUUCGGGCGCCACGUCGCGGUAUUCCACGAGAUCGACAGCGACUGCAGAGAGAGGCGUUUCUGCUUUAGACAGGAUGAAAAACAGUGCGAGAUGUCCUACGGUUAUCGUUCGGGGCGCUCGAUUGAGGAGCGUAGCAGAGACCAACAAGACAAUGAAGGUGUCUACCGGCAAAAACGAGCCAAGGAUGUUGUCGCUUCCGUCCUUUUCACGGACGGCAACGAAAGCCUGCCGCUUCGCAGCUUUGACAGCAGCCGCGAUGCUCAGACACUUGCCCGCCUGCUGCCGUCGCGGGCUAUACGCUUCGCGUUGAGGUUGGUGUCGACGCCUCCGGGGUACACAGGCAACGGCCAUGAAAAGAGGGCCUGCCGCUGCGGGCCGCUUUUCCGCUAUGAAAAACUCAGGUGCAGGAACAUCUUCGCGCAGCACCCAGGCGCCAUAGCGUGGCACCGACGGACGUUCGGAGAGAGGAGGAUGUUCUACGGCGACUGCUGCCGGCGCUUGGAAUUCCUGCAGAACGGCCCAAGAGACGCCGUUUGCAGCACAGGCGACGGUAGGAGCGUCAGCCGCAGCAGACAGCAGAACGGUGAAGAGCCAGCGAAGGACUGCUCCGGGGGCGACGUCAGUGGACAGUACACGCUGCAUAUGCUGCAAAGCGUCAGCAUCUGCGGGGAGACCAGGACUGACAACAGCGAGAGACCGGGCUGCAGCAACGCACCUCUAAGGUGUGCGUCUGCACCCCGGACUGUAGGCUGGGACUGGCCUAACGUGCCGCACUACGUGCUUCUCAGUACGGCCAUCAAUUCCGCUAUGACGGGCGGUCUCCGCCAGCAGGGAGAAGGGCUGGUGGAGGGUCUCCCCUGCCGAAUUCGGAGAGACUGCUAUCGACUGACUACACAGCGAGGACCAAGAGGUCUCUCUGACAGUAUCGAAGUGCAUUGUGGAAAAUCCGGCGCCUGUGGGUACGGUCACUAUCCCAGCAGACGGCGUCGACGGCGUCGUGUAGUCCUGAUGUUUCAGAUGAGGAUCCUCUUACAGAAUCGGAGUGCAUUGUGGAAGACGCGGCGUUUGCUCGCGCUCGAGCUGCAUAAACCCCUUCAGCACGAGGCGGCGCCGUGA